AUGAAGCGAUCAAUUUUGCGCAGACAUCCCGUUAUGUUUGGUAUUUUUCUUCCCGACAUGGAUUAUGAAGAUUAUGAUCAUAUUGUGCCAGCGGUUGGGAUACGAUAUAAAAAUGAAGACGAAUAUGAUCCAGACGAUGAACUCAUCUAUUAUGAUCUAUAUGACGAGGAAAAAAUUGAGAAAACUAUGAGUGAAGAUGAGUGGGGAUCAAGGAGAAAGUCGAUGUGUACGAAAGAAGAAGCAGACGAUGGAUGCAUACCAUUAGAUGUGAGUUCACUUCGUUUUUUACUUAUUAACUGA